AAAAAUGAAUGAAUAGUCAAAACAAACAUGGAGGAAGAAAGAGAAAACCCAAAUCCUCUUCCCCAUGUUCUCAUCUUCCCUUUACCUGUUCAGGGACCAGUCAAUUGUAUGCUCAAGCUAGCUGAGCUUCUCUGCCUCGCCGGAGGAAUCACCAUCACAUUCCUCAACACUGACCACAACCACCGCCGCCUGCUCGCCUGUACUGAUAUUGAAAACCGGUUUUCAAAAUACCCAACAUUCCAGUUCGCUACUGUUCCGGAUGGUCUCCCGGAAGAAAACCCUCGAUCUGGAGAUCGAUUUAUGGAGAUAUUUGAUGGGUUAGAGAAAAUGGCGACGCCACUCUUGAAGAAGAUGUUAGCUCCAGGUGGGAUGAGUAAAGAUGUGAAUUGCUUAAUAGCAGACGGAAUCUUGAAUUUCGCCUAUGAUGUUGCCGAUGAAGUUGGUGUUCCUGUCAUUUAUUUUGAUACCAUCAGUCCUUGCGGCCUCUGGGCUUACCUCUGUUUACAGAAACUAAUUGAUUCCGCCGAGGUUCCGUUCAAGGGCAACGAUUUGGAUGUUCUUAUUAAUAACGUCCCGGGCAUGAAAGGGUUUCUCCGGCGACGAGACCUUCCAAAUUUCUACAGAAUCAAUGACCUGAAGGACGAUCCCUUCAUCGAAAAAGUAGUGCUUGAGAAUCGUAGAGUCCCUGAAGCUCGUGGUCUGAUACUAAACACAUUUGAGGAACUAGACGGACCGAUUGCCCUAGCUCAAAUCCGGAGUCUAGUUCCAAAUGUCUAUUCAAUCGGCCCUAUCCACAGCUACCUGAAAUCACAACUCGCCAAAACUCAAUCAAUCACUUCAAAAGACUCAACAAAUAGUCUAUGGAAGGAAGACCGGAGUUGCAUGAACUGGCUCGAUCUGCAGCCUGACAAAUCUGUGAUCUACGUCAGCAUCGGAAGUCUCGCCGUGAUGGAGAAGCACCAAGUCAUAGAGUUCUGGUACGGGCUGGUGAAUAGCGGCUGGAGAUUCUUAUGGGUCCGACGGCCUAAUGCGGUGGUUUCCGGCGGAGAUCUGUUGAAUGAGGAAAUUCCUGAUGAGAUAAAGAAGGCAACGGAGGAGAGAGGGUGUUUGGUGAGCUGGGCGCCGCAGGAAGAAGUUAUAUCUCAUCGAGCAAUUGCUGGGUUUUUUACACACAGUGGGUGGAACUCGACGCUGGAGAGCAUCGUCUCCGGCGUGCCGAUGCUUUGUUGGCCGCAAUUUGUGGAUCAGCCGGUAAAUAGCAGGAUGGUUAGUGAAGUGUGGAAGAUUGGAUUGGAUAUGAAAGAUACUUGCGAUCGAGUAGUGAUUGAAAGAUUGAUUAAUGAGCUUGUGGAAGAAAUAAAAAGAGAGAAGUUUGCUGGAUCGGCUAGUGAAUUAGCAAGAAUGGCUGAGCAGAGUAUUAUGGAAGAUGGAUCUUCACACUGUAAUUUUAAGCGUCUUGUUCAUGAUAUUAAAUCAAUGGUGAACAUAUGAAUAAUUUUCUUUUCAAAUAACCAUAAAUAAAAUUCAAUCUUUU